AUACACGCACACACAUACACAAACACAAACACGGGAGAAAGCACACAUACAAGUCAGUGAGAGGAGAGAGGAGCAAGGGAAGAAAGAGACGGAGACAUUCAACUCAAAGAGAGAAGAGACGGAGAGAGAGGAUGGCUGGCAAACUGACGAUGACGGAUCUGUUGAAACCAGAGGACAUCAAGAAAUCUCUUGAAUUCUUUGCAGGUGAAACAUUCGACCCUAAAAAGUUCUUUGAUUUGGUGGGAAUGACGGCGAUGUCAGCUGAAAGCGUCAAACAGGUCUUCCAGGUUCUGGACGUGGAUGGUAGUGGCUUCAUAGAGGAAGAGGAGCUCAAGUAUGUACUGCAGGGCUUUUCCAAGGAGGGCAGAGAACUGACUGACGCUGAGACGAAAGCAUUCCUCAUAGCCGCAGACAAAGAUGGAGAUGGAAAGAUCGGCAUUGAUGAGUUUGAGACCUUGGUGCAUGAGUAAGGGAUUGAUGAACUCCCCGUUUUUCUUUAUCCUCCUCUUCGUCCCUGCAUUCAUAUUUUGUAACUGCCACCUUCAAACUCCUCUCACCUUCCUCUGGACCCUGAACGUGGAGUCAGACCAGGCCUGCUCUCUACAAAAUACUACAGAAAGAGGCCAACAGGGAGUAACCAUGAGGAGGCGUAAACAGGCACCAGUUCCAUUUUUUAUAUAUAUUUAAUCACACAUGCUGUAUGGGUUUCAGAAUCAUUCGAAUGAUUUCAUGAAGAUAGUUUGUGGUCUCAAACAGGUGGUGCUAGUGCUGUAGGUGUAGAUGUUAUGAAGACUUCUUAAUUCUUAUUUUCCUUUCUUUGUGUAUUUCAGGUUGUGCAAUUUUGUCUGAUUGGUUUUACUUCUAGAUGUUCACAUAUCAGUGCACUUUCCUCCCACUCCUCUUCCUCACCUACCCUUCUCUCUUACCCUCUAUCUUCUCCUCUUCCUAACUCCCUGCCCCCCGAUCAGAAGAUGUAGUAAAUAAAGAUAUAUAAGGAGAGCUGUGAAGAGAGUAAAACAUGAUAAUUAA